AUGUCAAAACGCUCCGAACGCUCGUCAAGUUCAAGCUCCGCCGACAGGCCAACUCCGAAACGAAACAAACAGAAGAGCCAAGAAAUGGAAAGAAACCAGGAGACCGCCUCGCUCAGUUCUACGGAAAUACUCCUUGAUAAAUUAAGUGCCAUAGAAUCUCGUAUGGAAGACAAUUUCUCCAAUCUACACACACAGAUCUCAGAGCUUACGUGUGAAUUUAAACACGAAAUCAAUGUCAUCAAAUCAACACUGAAUGAGCUAGAGAAAUCUGUGAACCUCGCGUGGGCAAGCAUCGAGGACCCACAGCAAGAGUCCAAAGCCUUAAAAGAUUCAAAAAGCACUCACCAAAAAAUGAUGGAGGAGCAGUCUGCGGAAAUCGAAAGCCUAAAAGCUGAUCUGGAAAAGCUCCAAGCCGAGAAUGAGAAGCUUAAGCCCGCUUUGAAAGAAGCACAGGAGAACCUCGUCGCUCUUGAGAACUAUACGGGACGAGAAAACUUGCGUUUCAUGAAUAUCCCCGAAAGUCGAGGUGAAAAUUGCCAGAAUAUCAUCUUUGAUGUUCUAGAAAAUGAUCUUAAAAUGAACAUCCAGCAUAUACGUUUUCAUGCCGUCCACCGCGUUGGCAAGCCACAAAGCAAUGGAGCUACUCCUGCUCGCCCUCGUCCGAUUAUCGCUAGGUUUGCUGUGAGAGAAGAUAGGGAUGAUGUAUUCAAUGUUAAAAACCGGAUCAAGUCCUCAGCCAGACACAGUGAGGCAUACAUUACCCAAGACUUUGCUCGAGAAAUCCAGAAAGAAAGGAAAACCCUUAUACAAUCCAUGUUUGCUGCUAAACAAGCUGGUCGCGUCGCGAAGGUAGUCAACAGAUCUCUCUUUAUUGAUAACAAUGUUUUUAACAUCUCGAAUAUUCCAGUUGGAUAUCAAGUAGCUUCUACUUAA